GUCAUCACGGCGACACGUGGAUGCAAGAUGGCGGCGGCGAUGGACUGGUUAUCGAGAGUCCUGCUGCUUCUCUCUCUCAUAUGCGAAAUGAGAGCCUUCUAUGUCCCUGGGGUUGCUCCAAUCAAUUUCCACCAGAAUGACCCUGUAGAAAUCAAGGCUGUGAAGCUCACCAGCUCUCGAACCCAGCUUCCUUAUGAAUACUACUCGCUGCCCUUCUGCCAGCCUACCAAAAUAACCUACAAGGCAGAGAAUCUGGGUUCUCAUGAAUAGCGAGAAGAAGUGUGAGGUUCUGUGCAGCCAGUCUAACAAGCCCAUGACCCUGACUGUGGACCAGAGCCGGCUGGUGGCUGAGCGGAUCACAGAGGACUACUAUGUUCACCUCAUUGCCGACAACCUGCCCGUGGCCACUCGGCUGGAGCUGUACUCCAACCGUGACAGUGAUGACAAGAAGAAGGAAAAAGAUGUGCAGUUUGAACAUGGCUACCGGCUCGGCUUCACCGAUGUCAACAAGAUCUACUUGCACAACCACCUCUCAUUCAUCCUUUAUUACCACCGGGAGGAUGUGGAAGAGGACCAAGAGCACACGUAUCGAGUCGUGCGCUUCGAGGUGAUUCCCCAGAGCAUCAGGCUGGAGGACCUCAAAAGAGAUGAGAAGAGUUCAUGUACCCUACCUGAGGGGACCAGCUCCUCGCCCCAGGAAAUUGACCCCACCAAGGAAAAUCAGCUCUACUUUACCUACUCUGUACACUGGGAGGAAAGUGACAUCAAGUGGGCCUCUCGAUGGGAUACUUACCUGACCAUGAGUGAUGUGCAGAUCCACUGGUUUUCCAUCAUUAACUCUGUCGUGGUGGUCUUCUUCCUGUCCGGCAUCCUGAGCAUGAUCAUCAUCCGGACCCUCCGGAAGGACAUCGCCAACUAUAACAAGGAGGAUGACAUUGAGGACACCAUGGAAGAGUCAGGGUGGAAGCUGGUGCAUGGUGAUGUCUUCCGGCCGCCCCAGUAUCCCAUGAUUCUCAGCUCCCUGCUGGGCUCAGGCAUUCAACUCUUCUGCAUGAUCCUCAUUGUCAUCUUUGUGGCCAUGCUCGGCAUGCUGUCCCCCUCCAGCCGGGGAGCUCUCAUGACCACGGCCUGCUUUCUUUUCAUGUUCAUGGGGGUGUUUGGUGGAUUUUCUGCUGGCCGUCUGUACCGCACUCUGAAAGGCCACCGGUGGAAGAAGGGAGCCUUCUGCACAGCAACAUUGUACCCUGGGGUGGUGUUUGGCAUCUGCUUCGUGUUGAAUUGCUUCAUCUGGGGCAAACACUCCUCGGGAGCGGUGCCCUUUCCCACCAUGGUGGCCCUGCUGUGCAUGUGGUUUGGGAUCUCCCUGCCCCUCGUCUACUUGGGCUACUACUUCGGCUUCCGUAAGCAACCGUAUGACAACCCCGUGCGCACCAACCAGAUUCCCCGGCAGAUUCCUGAACAGCGGUGGUACAUGAACCGAUUUGUGGGCAUCCUCAUGGCCGGGAUCCUGCCUUUUGGCGCCAUGUUCAUCGAGCUUUUCUUCAUCUUCAGCGCCAUCUGGGAGAAUCAGUUCUAUUAUCUCUUCGGUUUCCUGUUCCUCGUCUUCAUCAUCCUGGUGGUAUCCUGUUCCCAAAUCAGCAUCGUCAUGGUGUACUUCCAGCUGUGUGCAGAGGAUUACCGCUGGUGGUGGAGGAAUUUCCUAGUCUCCGGGGGAUCCGCGUUCUAUGUCCUGGUCUACGCCAUCUUUUACUUUGUUAACAAGCUGGACAUCGUGGAGUUCAUCCCCUCCCUGCUCUACUUUGGCUACACAGCUCUCAUGGUCCUGUCCUUCUGGCUCCUCACGGGCACCAUCGGCUUCUAUGCAGCCUACAUGUUCGUCCGCAAGAUCUACGCAGCUGUGAAGAUCGACUGAUGGACUGGGCGGACUGUGGCCAGGCCCACUCUGUCAUUGGACAGGAAAGUCACCUUGCGUGGGGACCUGCAGGAACGCAAAAUAAAGUAACUCCUGCUCGUUUGGAAUGUAACUCCUGGCACAUGUUCCUGGAUCCCGGGGCUGCUUGGGGGCGGGAGGACCUGUAGAUAAACUUUGCAUUUCUCUUCAUCACUUAAUUCCAGUUCUGUGGGCAAUGAGAGCUUUCUUCUGAGUUUUUUGUUUUUGUUUUCUUUUUUUUUUCCAGUUUUUUUAAUUCAGUGCUAAGAAAGCUCCUUCCAGCAGGAACUCCCUUACCUGUCCUUUCAGGUUUCUUUUUGGUUUGAGGUGGGUUUUUUUCCCUUUUUUUUUUUUCUUAACAAAUGGAUCCAG